AUUGGAAUUGCUUUAGAUACUCUCUCGCUCCCUCUCCCACUCUCUUUUUCCCCCUCUCUUUCUAGGGUUUUACAAAAAAAAAAACUGGAAAGCAAAUCUUCGUCUCAUAAUCUCAUCUCAGCUUACCAGGUUUCUUCAAAUUACUAGAAACUGGUAUCCACUACCCAGGUUGCACAAGAUGGCUGAUAUGCCAAGGCAAGAUGACUUGACCAAUGAGGAGGAAGUUCUGAAUUCUGUCUUACCAUCCAAAAGGUCAGCUGACAAAGCUUCCCCGGAUUGUGUAAAGAAACAGAAGGCAUUGGACAAGGAGGCCCACUGUAAUGCUGUACAUGAACAGGGUGAUGCGUUCUCUGAAAAGUUGUGUCCGCCAGUCGUACCAGAAGACGAGAUUCAAUCCCAAAUUGGAACUCACGAUCCACCCCCUGCAGAAUCUCUUCUGUCAUGUGAUUACUGGGAUUCGGAAUUGAAUUGUCAAAAUAAAGAUGCAGAAUGGCUUGUUACUGUUCAGAAUUUCACCUUUGAUCCAGUCAUACUGAGGAGAGAAUUGGCCAGAAUGGUUAUACUACAUGAGUACCCUCUGUCUGUGGUUGAUCACAUAGGGUUUAGGGACUUCUUGCACAAACUUAAUCCGUUAUUUGGAAUGGUUUCUCAAAACACUGUCGAGAACGACAUAAUGAAAAUCUUCAAAUUCGAGAGGUGCAUAGCUUACACUGUAUUGCAUGAAAGUUCUUCAGGUAGGGUUGCUAUUACAACGAAAGUGUGGACUUCUAGUGAUGGAAAUCGGAAAUUCUUGGCCAUCACAGGACAUGUAAUUGAUGAAGACUGGAAAAGACAAUCUUUUAUCAUGAGGUUUGCGAACGUGCCUCUACCUUGUACAAAUAAGUCAAUUAGUAAGGUCAUUCUAGAUUGUUUCUCAUACUUCGAAAUUUACAAAAAGCUCUCAACGAUAACAGUUGAUAGUUACACUUCUGAUGAUGGGCUUAUUGACUGUCUAGUGGAUAACAAGCUUCCGGGGAAUGAACUCCUUUACAAAGAAAAAUUAUUCCGGUUGCCAUGUUUUGCUCAUACGUUGAGUAUGAUGGUGGAAGAUGGAUUUGACAUGGUUAGGCAUAUAAUUGAAAAAAUUCAAGAUAGUAUCAUGUUUUGGACAUCAUCACCUGAAAGAGAACUGACAUUUGAGAAAGCCGCUUCUAAGUUGGGUGUAAGCACUACAACAAAGUUGGUGCUUGAUUAUGGGUUGAAUUGGAGUUCAACAUUCUUGAUGCUGCAAGAUUCAUUUAUUUUCAAGGAUGUUUUUUCUCUCUUGGGACAGCAGGAAUCUCAAUACGAUUCUUUGCUUACCACGGAGGAAUGGGAUUUAGCCCAGGAAGUGUGCAACAGAUUGCAAUUUCUGUAUGAUGAGAUGAAGACUUUGGCAAACUGUCCUGCUGCUUGCAUGUAUCUAAUGCACUUGUGUAUUAUGAAACUGACUUUAACUGACUGGCUCAAAUGUGAGGUUCCAGGGAUUAAAGAGAUGGCCUCAAAGAUGAUAGAGAAGUUCGAUAAGUACUGGUUUGCAGCACGUGAUAUGCUAGGAGUAGCAGCUAUAUUUCACCCUAAAUAUCGUUUUUUCCCCCUGAAGUAUUUUUUUCCAAUAAUUUACGGAGAUGAAGGUGAAAGUGAGGUUGAAAGGAUUCGCCAGAUUUUCUACCGUAUAUUUAAUGAAUACAAGAAUUCUCUUCCCAUUGAUGAACCGAGUGAUGAGGAAUUACGGUCACGUCUGUCUCAUACAGAUUACAUGUUCAUGAUUUAUAUGAGAGAACAGAAGAAGAAAGAACCUGAACCAUGCGAGGUGGACUUGUACUUAAAAGCGUACUUCGAUCAAGAAGCAGAAGAUUUUGAUAUCUUGUCUUGGUGGGGUGGAAAGAAACAAUAUCCUGCCUUGCAAAAGAUGGCAAAAGAUAUCCUAGCUAUUCCAAUAUUGUCAGUUGAUGUAGAGAAUGCAUUUGAUAUUGGUGAUAAGAUUUUGGGUGCAAAUCGGUGCAGACUUCGUCCAACAAUGGUUGAGGCACUGAUGUGUACUCAGAGUUGGAUUAGAAGACGCAAACGCUUGGAUUCAAAAGUUUCAUCUUCUGCUGUGAAUUUGCAUUCUUUCGGUACAAUCUUUGAUGAUGCUUAUGCUGAGAAGGGAAUAAUAAUUAAGGAAAACACUGCAGGGUCAGGUGUGGAAUUUGAAUGUGGUGUAUGGUCUAAAUGAAGCUGCUGCAGAAUUGGUCACUGUUAACUUUCGGAAAUCUUGUUCAAAGGUUAAUCUGUUUGUACAUGUAUGUUUAACUUAUGGAAUUUUGUUUGUAGAAGCUCAUUGCAAACUGGUGAUGUAGUAGGCUUCACACAACAAUAGUGGAGACACUUAUGAGUUAUGAUGUAAUGAGGUGUAUGUUUAACUUAUGUGUUUCUAGAGAGGGGCUCGAAUAAAGGUAUUUCAAUUACAUUCCCUAA